CAUAGACUAAAACACCUAUUUAUUAAUAAUUUAAAUAAUAAAUUAAUAUCUUGAGUAUAAGACUAGUACAACAUUGGGUUUGUGUUAUAGUGAAUGAGAGCAAAAUGUUUAAAAUAUUUAAUUCAAAACCCAAGAAACGAGUGCCACAGGGGCCGAGUCCUGGUGAGGCUAUUCAGAGAAUCCGAACCGUAGAGGAAAUGAUGAACAAAAAGCAAGAAUUUCUUGAGAAGAAGAUUGAGACAGAAGUGGAGAUAAUCCGGAAGAAUGGGAUGAAGAACAAGAAGGUGUCGAUGGCUGCGCUCAAGAGGAAGAAGCGAUUGGAGAGUCAGUUGCAGCAAAUCGAUGGCACUCUAACCACUCUGGAGUCGCAGCGAAUAUCACUGGAAAACGCUCACACCAAUGUCGAAGUGCUUCAGUCCAUGAAAUACGGCGCCGACGCUCUCAAAGUGGCCCAAACCAGGAUCGGCGACGCGGAUCGGGUGCAGGACGUCAUGGACGACAUCCGAGAGCAGCAGGAGUUGGCCCAAGAGAUCAGUGACAUCAUCUCCAAUCCCGUUGGCUUUGGGCACGACGUCGGCGAUGAGGACGAACUGCUCCAAGAAUUGGAAGAACUCGAACAGCAAGAGCUCGACCAUCAACUCCUUAAUACUGAUCACUUGCCUUCAGUGCCCACCGCACAACCCAUGGCCUCCCUUUCCAAGAUCAAAAGCAAAGGCAAAUCGAAAGAAAGUGAUGAUAUGGACAACACUUUGAAGGAAUUGGCCGAUUGGGGCAUUUAAGGGUAUAUGUC